UCAAGUGGCCCCACUCUAUCGCAAAACAACCCCGCCCCCAAAACCAUAAGCACCUCUCCUCCGCGCCGGAGGCCAAUAUUUUGAUCCUUUGCUUCCGUUUCACCGCAUCCUUUCUUCUAUUCACGCCGUUAUUAAUCUUUUUCACCUCAAUCCCAGAAAGAAACAGCAUAUAAAACAGUAGCAGAAUCGCUGUGUAUCCAUACAUCUGCCACGCCCUGCUAAAAUUUUGGCAUACAGAUAAACCCCCAAGUAGGAUCACAGGUUUUUUUUGGAGUCUACUCAUUCAUUUCUCUUUGUCACUAGUAUUUAUCUUUAUAUGCCAUACCAUACUUAUCAGUUAUCCCCACAUAAACUCUCUCUCUACACAUAUAUAUAGAGGGUCUCCUGAACUAGGUCUAAAAAGAAUAGAGUAUUCUUAUUUUUCAUCGGCUAACGCAUGUUGGUCUUUUUGUCUCCUCAACCACCAAUACAAAUACCAGUACUCCAUGGUUAUCAUCUUCCCGUCCGGUGCUGCCGCCACGUAGCUUCAGAUUUUAGAGUUUUAUUAAGCGUGGAAUUGCUGCUUUCUUUCCCUUUUAUAGACUUCGAUAAUGUCGAUGAAGCGGCAACCACAAGAGGAUCCCAAGCCUCGACACGAUGGCGGCGGUUCUUCCGAUGAUAAGCGCCGCCGCAGAGUUCCUUCUCUGAGAAGUGUUAUUAUGGAAGUAGUGAAUAUGCGUAGAGUGCAACAUUUUAUGGAGCCAGUUUUGGAACCACUGAUUCGUCGAGUGGUAAAAGAGGAAGUUGAGUUGGCUCUCAGGAAGUACAUGACCACCAUUAAACGGAAUUGUGGGAAAGAUGUAUACGCUUGUGAACUUAGAAGCCUGAAGCUGAAGUUUUUAGAUGUCAUUUCGCCCCCAGUAUUUACUGGAACUCGCAUAGAAGGAGAGGAAUCUAGUUUGAAAGUAGCCCUGGUUGAUGCUCAUACUGGACAAGUUGUCUCAAGUGGUCCUGAAUCCUGUGCAAAAGUCGAAAUAGUAGUACUCGAGGGAGAUUUUGAUGGGGAUGAUGGGGACAAUUGGACUGCAGAAGAAUUCAAGAAUAACAUUGUGAGAGAAAGGGAAGGAAAGAAACCUCUCCUUGCUGGGGAUGCAUUUUUGUAUCUCAAGGAGGGCAUUGGUUGGGUGAGUGAUAUUUCAUUUACUGAUAACUCAAGCUGGACAAGAAGCCGUAAAUUCAGGCUAGGGGCGAGGCUUGCUGAUAGCUUUGAAGGAAUCAGUGUGCAAGAGGCAAAGACGGAAUCCUUCAUUGUCAGGGAUCACCGCGGCGAGUUGUACAAGAAGCACCAUCCUCCUUCUCUUUCAGAUGAAGUAUGGAGACUGGAAAAGAUUGGCAAGGAAGGAGCUUUCCAUCGACGUUUGAGCAAGGAAAGAGUCAACACAGUGAAAGAUUUUCUGACUCUCCUCUAUCUAGAUCCUACAAGGCUUCGGAAUGUUCUUGGGACAGGUAUGUCCACCAAAAUGUGGGAAGUCACGGUAGAACAUGCUCAAACAUGCUUACUUGACAAGAAAGUGUACUUGUACUACUCAUCUGGAUCUGUACAAAAAACUGGUGUGGUUUUUAACAUCGUUGGACAAGUGAUGGGGCUUCUUCCAGAGUGUCAGUUUGUUUCUGCUGAUAAGUUGUCCGAAACUCAAAAGGAUGAUGCUCGUAAUUUGGUGAUUUGUGCGUUCAGACACUGGGAAGAAGUAGUCUCUUUUGAGGAUGAGUCUUCUCUUAUGGAUUGGGUUAUGCAAAUUUCCGCUGUUCAAUUCUCCUCAAACUCAUCCAUGAUGGGCAGUUCAGAUGCCAAUGACAAUGUUUUAACUUCCCAGAAGAUUAGCAGAACCGACUAUCAGCAUUUAAGUGCAUCAACACUUGAUAUCAUGCCAUCCUUCUGUUCAAUUGCUGGUUUCAGCAGCUUGGAUGAUUAUGUCUUGCAUGGUAUAGACAACAUGGAUGUUAGGUUUGACCAACCGUUAAAUUCCGGUCAAGACGCCGACUCCUUGAUGGCUGAUACUGAUUCUAUAACUCCACCAUUUUGUGAGGGUGAUCAUCUGCCUUUCUUCGACACUGACUAUUCCCUUCCCAGUCCAAACUUUGCACCAUCACCUGAUCUACAGUGUGCUGUCAACAGCUUUCUUGCUCGUAGUUCAAUUCUUCCCCCAGAUAAAGCUCAACGAAGAUGGAAGAUGCUAUUUAGUGUUCUAAGGUGGUUUUCAGUAAGGAGGAUUGUAAACAGAAGAACCAUCAUAUCUUGAACAGAAGUUCUCACUAUGCUGAGGCAAAAGAAUCUGUAGUAAAUUGCUGCCCGGUGCAAAAUUGUGUGCAGUAGUAGAGUCACUUAAAUUUCUUGUGGACAUAUGUGAAAUUGGGCAGUUAGCGC